CAGGGCUGGCUAGGAGCAAAGGUCCUGGUGGGAGGGCAGGGGAGGCUGGGCUGGCGGUAGCCCGCGGGCAGAGCGUGGGGAGCUCCAAAGUGGGGCCAGCGGAACAUCGUGUGCGACAGCGAGGAGCCCACAGAGGUACAAGGGGAGGGGUGGCCCAGCCUGCUCUUUGGGCAGGAGAGGAGGAGGACAGCCGUCUGUCCAGGAGACCUGCGGGUGCCCAGGCUCACUUCGCGGAACAUGGUGCUGCUCCGGGGGCUCCUGGUGCUCAGCUUGUCCUGCCUGCAAGGCCCCUGCGCGGUGCUCCCUCCCGUGAGCGCCAUGGAGCCCGUGGGCCGGCAGCUAACUAGUGGUCAGAGCCAGGAAAAGCUGCCUCCGCUCGCCCUCCUCAAGUUGGUCAACCAGGAGCUGCACGGUCAGACUGCCCUGAAGAAGUCCCCAGGAGACUGCAGGGAAACCCCGACCCCGGAGCAGACGCGCAGGCUGGCGCAGGCCAUGAUGGCCUUCACCACUGACCUGUUUUCCCUGGUGGUGCAAGCAUCCACCAGCCCCAACCUGGUCUUGUCGCCCCUGAGUGUGGCCCUGGCUCUGUCUCACCUGGCAUUAGGUGCUCAGAACCACACGCUACAGAGGUUGCAGCAGGUGCUGCAUGCGGACUCAGGGCCCUGCCUCCCCCACCUGCUGAGCCACCUCUGCCGGAACCUGGGCCCAGGGGCGUUCCGAUUGGCUGCCAGAAUGUACCUGCAGAAAGGCUUUCCCAUCAAAGAGGACUUCCUGAAGCUGUCAGAGCAGCUGUUUGGUGCAAAGCCUGUGAGCCUGACAGGAAGGCAAGAGGAGGACCUGGUGAACAUCAAUCAAUGGGUGAAGGAGGCCACAGAGGGGAAGAUUGAGGAUUUCCUCUCGGAAUUGCCAGACAGCACCGUGCUGCUCCUCCUCAAUGCCAUCCACUUCCAGGGUUUCUGGAGGAGCAAAUUUGACCCGAGCCUCACCCAGAGAGACUCCUUCCACCUGGACGAGCAGUUCACGGUGCCAGUGGACAUGAUGCAAGCCCACAAGUACCCUCUGCGCUGGUUCUUGCUGGAGCAGCCUGAGAUCCAGGUGGCCCAAUUCCCCUUUAAGAACAACAUGAGCUUUGUGGUCCUCGUGCCCACGAACUUUGAGUGGAACGUGUCCCAGGUGCUGAGCAACCUGAGCUGGGACAUCCUGCACCAGCCCUCACUGCGGGAGAGGCCCACCAAAGUCCAGCUGCCCAAGCUGCUCCUGAAACACCAGCUGGACCUGGUGACCACCCUCAGCCAGCUGGGCCUGCAGGAGCUGUUCCUGGCCCCAGACCUGCGUGGGAUCUCCGACGAGGGCCUGGUGGUGUCCAGUGUACAACAUCAGUCCACCCUGGAGCUCAACGAGGCUGGUGUGGAGGCGGCCGCGGCCACCAGCACGGCCAUGUCGCGCAUGUCCCUUUCCUCCUUCAGCGUGAACCGCCCCUUCCUCUUCUUCAUCCUGGAGGACACCAUAGACCUGCCCAUCUUUGUGGGCAUAGUGCGGAACCCCAAUCCUAGCGCGCAGCCAGAGCGCAAGGAGCAGCAGGAUUCCCCUGACCACAGGGACCCCUCGCAGCCCCAGAAAUCCUUCCCCCACGGGGACAAGCUCUUCAGCCCCGACUUGAAACUGGCGCCCCCGUCGGAAGAGGAUUACCCCCAGCUCAGCAGCCCCAAGUGAGGGGCCGCGGCUGCCGGUAUCCAGAGGCCCCGCCUGGAUCAGCCUCGCCCCUCAAGUGACUCUUUCCAACCAGCCUGUGGGCGCGUGGGGCCGGGGGCGGGGGGUUGGUGGGGGGCAGCCUUGGGGGGAGAGGAGCUGCUCUCUUCCAUCUCUUCCUGAGCAGCCAGGGUGGGGCCGGGUGGGAAGGGCUGGCUGGACCCCCCAUCGUGGUCAGGGGCUGGGGACCAGUGCUGUCAGGAGGUGGGUUAGGUUACUCCCUGCACCAGCUGCCUGCCAGAGGGAGGGGCGGGAGGGAGAGGCUGCCUUUGACCAUGUCCAGAGUACCUUGGCCAGGCAAGGGAGACAGACACAGGUCGGGGGGAGGGCGUGGGCGGUCCCGUGGGAGCCUGCUGUCAGACACAGUGGGCGGUCCUCGUUGGUGGGGGCCGAGUGGCCCGGGAAACCUGACCCUGAUGUGACUUGCUGGGUACCCCUGCUGCUCCUCAAGGAGCUUCCCCGUCCUCUCCCGUCUCCCUCCUCUGCCGGGGAGCUCAGGGGCCGAGACAGGGGAGGGCCCCAUGAACUCUCCAAGCUCUUUUGUAAAGUUUUGUAGUGAUUUGUAUGCCGCCGGAAUAAAGAAUGAAUGGGC